GUCGAUUCUCAGCAGCAGUGUUUACUGUCAGCGGCUAGGCUUUUCCGUCUGAUAAGGGCUGAACAAACAGACUGACACUGAAGAGCUCUCAGUAGCAUCCACCUGGACGGACUUUCUGGUUUUUGACCCUUUGCAGGAUAGCGGAUCAGGUCUUGAAACAUGAGCUCUGUGGCAGUGUUGACUCAGGAGAGUUUUGCAGAGCACCGCAGUGGCUUGAAGGACGUUGAGAUCACAGGUCGUGUACCAGAAGACGAAGCAUAUAUACCCACCUAUCUGGAAGCCUUUCCACCUUUGCCAGACAAGGGCACUCCAGGUGAGAAGACCGGUGAGCCGGCAGGUGCUUGGAGCAAAAUCCGACCCAUCAAAGCCUCUGUUAUCACUCAGGUGUUCCAUGUCCCUUUGGAGGAGCGGCGGUAUAAAGACAACAGUCAGUUUGGUGAGGGUGAGGAGGCAAAAGUGUGCCUGGAUAUCAUGCAAAAGACCGGGGCACAUAUCGAACUCUCUCUUGCCAAGGACCAAGGCCUCUCCAUCAUGGUGACUGGAAAACUGGAUUCGGUCAUGAAAGCGAGGAAGGAGAUUGUGGCCCAACUGCAGACUCAGGCUUCAGCAACUGUGCUUAUUCCGAAAGAACAUCAUCGGUUUGUGAUCGGAAAGAACGGGGAGAAGUUGCAGGAGCUGGAGCUGAAAACAGCCACCAAGAUCGCCAUCCCCCGAUCUGACGAUCCCAACGCCAACAUCCGCAUCACCGGCACCAAGGACGGCAUAGAGAAAGCUCGCCAUGAAAUCCAGCUCAUCUCCGCUGAGCAGGAUAAGCGUGCCGUGGAACGUUUGUCUUUUGAGAAGGCUUUUCAUCCAUUCAUCGCUGGUGCAUAUAAUCAACUCGUUCAAGAAGUUAGUCAGGAGACCGGAGCUCGUAUUAGCAUCCCGCCACCCAGCGUACCCAAAGAUGAGAUUGUCAUUACCGGCGAGAAGGAGGCAGUUGCCACGGCGAUUGCCCGCAUCCGGGCCAUCUAUGAAGACAAGAAACGAAAAACAACCACAAUCUCAGUGGAGGUGAAGAAGUCACAACAUAAGUACAUAGUAGGCCCCAAAGGCAACACCCUGCAGGAAAUCCUGGAGAACACGGGGGUGUCUGUGGAGAUGCCCCCUCUGGACUCCGCAUCCGAGACCAUCAUCCUCAGAGGAGAACCGGACAAGCUGGGUCCGGCUCUCACGCAGGUGUACGCCAAGGCUAAAAGUGUGAUAGUGGUGGAGGUGAUUGCUCCGGCUUGGCUCCAUCGUUUCAUCAUUGGCAAGAAAGGACAAAACAUCAGUCGCAUUACUCAGCAGCUGCCUAAGGUGCAUAUAGAGUUUACUGAUGGAGAGGAAUGUAUCAGUCUGGAGGGACCGACGGAGGAGGUAGAACAAGCCCAGGCUCAGCUACAGGAGAUUAUAAAAGACCUGAUGGCAAGAAUGGACUAUGCAGAGAUUAACAUUGACCACCGUUUCCACAGACAUCUCAUUGGCAAAAACGGGGCCAACAUAAAUCGGAUAAAGGAGCAGUAUAAGGUAUCAGUGCGGAUUCCUCAGGAUUCGGAGCACUGUGGGCUGGUUCGUAUUGAGGGUGAUCCUCAGGGAGUACAGCUCGCUCGCAAGGAACUGAUGGACAUGGCCCAACGUAUGGAAAAUGAACGCACGAAAGACCUUAUAAUAGAGCAUAAGUUUCACCGCACCAUCAUUGGGCAGAAAGGAGAGAAGAUCAAAGAAGUACGGGACAAGUUCCCUGAGGUCAUUAUCAUCUUUCCAGACCAGCAACAGAAAAGUGACAUAGUACAGCUCAGAGGGCCUAAAAACGAAGUGGAGAAAUGUGCGAAGUUUCUGCAGAAACUCAUCGCUGAGCUGGUUGAGAGCAGCUUCUCAAUUUCUGUACCCAUCCACAAGCAGUUCCACAAAAACAUCAUUGGCAAAGGAGGUGCCAACAUCAAAAAGAUACGUGAGGAGACCAACACCAAGAUUGAUCUCCCAACGGAGAACAGCAACUCGGAGAUGAUUGUAAUAACUGGCAAGAAGAGCAGCUGUGAAGCCGCACGAGAUCGGAUCCUCGCCAUUCAGAAUGAGCUGGCCAACCUGAAGGAGGCUGAGGUUUCCAUCCCAGCCAAGCUGCACAACUCUCUGAUUGGAUCCAAGGGCAGUCUGGUGCGCUCUGUGAUGGAAGAGUGUGGGGGUGUUCACAUCCACUUCCCUGCGGAGGGCUCAGGGUUGGACAAGGUCACCAUCCGAGGUCCUGCAGAGGAGGUGGAGAGAGCCAGGAGACAACUGCUGCAGUUGGCGGAGGAGAAGCAAGUCAACAACUUCUCAGUGGAGCUUCAAGCCAAGCCAGAGUACCAUAAGUUCCUGAUAGGCAAAGGAGGAGCUAAUAUCCGACGGGUACGGGAUCGAACCGGAGCACGAAUCAUCUUCCCAUCACCAGAUGAGCCAGAACAGGAGCACAUUACCAUCAUGGGUAAAGAGGAGGCUGUAUGGCUUGCCCAGAAAGAGCUGGAGACCCUCAUUCAAAAUCUGGAUGACGUGAUAGAGGACAGUAUGGUUGUGGACCCCCGGCAUCACCGUCACUUCGUCUGUCGGAGAGGGCAGGUGUUGAGAGAGUUGGCGGAGGAGUAUGGCGGUGUAGCUGUUAGCUUCCCUCGCACGGGCACACAGAGUGACAAUAUCACUCUCAAAGGACCCAGAGAGUGUGUUGACGCUGCUAAGAAACGCAUUCAGGAGAUUGUUCAAGAUCUUGAGUCACAGGUGAAUGUGGAGGUGUUGAUUCCUCAGCGGUACCACAGAGCCGUCAUGGGACCCAAAGGCUGCAAAAUACAACAAAUUACACGGGAACAUGAAGUUCUGAUCAAAUUUCCAGACAGAGAUGAGUGUGCAGCUCAGGAACCUGCAUCUCCAGAGAACGGGGAUACGGAUCUCAUUCCUCGGAAGUGCGAUAUCAUCAUUGUGACGGGACAGGCCGAAAAGUGCGAGUUGGCUCGUGCAGCUUUACUUGCCUUAGUUCCUGUGACGAUUGAUGUUGAGGUUUCCUAUGACCUUCAUCGUUACAUCAUAGGACAGAAAGGAGCUGGAAUAAGGAAAAUGAUGGAGGACUAUGAGAAUGUGUUUUUGAAAACAACUAUUACUUCAGUCUUCAGAGCUGUUAGCUUCCCUCGCACGGGCACACAGAGUGACAAUAUCACUCUCAAAGGACCCAGAGAGUGUGUUGACGCUGCUAAGAAACGCAUUCAGGAGAUUGUUCAAGAUCUUGAGUCACAGGUGAAUGUGGAGGUGUUGAUUCCUCAGCGGUACCACAGAGCCGUCAUGGGACCCAAAGGCUGCAAAAUACAACAAAUUACACGGGAACAUGAAGUUCUGAUCAAAUUUCCAGACAGAGAUGAGUGUGCAGCUCAGGAACCUGCAUCUCCAGAGAACGGGGAUACGGAUCUCAUUCCUCGGAAGUGCGAUAUCAUCAUUGUGACGGGACAGGCCGAAAAGUGCGAGUUGGCUCGUGCAGCUUUACUUGCCUUAGUUCCUGUGACGAUUGAUGUUGAGGUUUCCUAUGACCUUCAUCGUUACAUCAUAGGACAGAAAGGAGCUGGAAUAAGGAAAAUGAUGGAGGACUAUGAGGUGAACAUUUGGGUUCCUCAGCCUGAGCAACAGUCAGAUAUCAUAAAGAUCACAGGACAGGUGGCCAAUGUGGAGCGGGCCAAACAGGGACUGCUGGAGAGAGUCAAGGAGCUGCAGGCGGAGCAGGAAGAUCGGGCCUUACGGAGCUAUAAGGUGACGCUCUCAGUAGACCCGAAAUAUCACCCCAAAAUUAUAGGCCGUAAAGGAGCCGUCAUCUCUCAAAUACGCAAAGACUACGAUGUCAAUGUGCAGUUCCCUGACAAAGGUGAAGAGCAGCAGGAUGUAAUUGUAAUCUCGGGUUAUGAGAGGAAUGCUAAUGAGGCCAGGGCAGCUAUAGUGCAGCUGGUGGCAGCACUGCAGGAUAUGGUGAGUGAGGACAUCCGGCUGGACCGGCGGGUCCACGCACGCAUCAUCGGAGCACGUGGCAAAGCCAUUCGGAAACUCAUGGAGGAGUUCAAAGUUGAUAUACGGUUUCCUCAGCCAGGUUCUGAGGACCCGAGCAAGGUUACUGUAACCGGACUGCCGGAGAAUGUUGAUAAUGCCACUGACCAUCUACUUAACCUGGAAGAAGAAUAUAUGUUGAGUGUCACAGAGACAGAGACUAUGGCAUCUUAUAUGAAGCCUCCUUCAAAGACGAUGGGGACAGGAGGAAAUGACGAGGAUAACAAAGCUCUAGCUAAAGGCUUUGUUGUGCGGGACGCCCCCUGGAAUGCACAAGGCAACAAGGCACCAGACAUGAGCAGUGCCGAAGAGUUCCCCACGUUCGGAUCUGGAAUAGCACCGAAACAGACGUCUGCAUGGGGACCCAAAAAGUGCUGAAUGAAACACAUUUGUUCUGACUCCAGAUCUCACAUCUCUGGCACUUGAGAACAAGAACACUCUUGUCUUUCUCCUGGUGCGUUUAGUGCCCUUGGAGGAGUUACUUCAUUCCUCUCCUACCUUUGCCUGAAUAGUUCCUUAUCAUUUGGUGGAUAGAUGUUCUUCAACACUCCUCACCUGCCUGCAGGUGGUCACACGUCAGUUCCUGUUGUGCCAGUCUGAAAUCACAGAAAGGAACCUCAAGUAGCAGUUACCGUCAUUAUCCACCUGUUGUUUUCUUGAGUUGGGCGACAAAUGGCUAGGCAUUGAAGAACGAGGCAGAAGUUUUGUAUUUCUUGGACUAUUUAUUGCAAGAGAACCCCUAGUUCACUGUGUAUAAGUUAUUUUUUAAGUCCUUGAUGGUUUUUACUGUUCUUGCUGUGUGUGUGUGU